UCCCCCCUCCCCCUCCCCUCUCGCAUUUAUAACCGCCCUCGCCGCCGGGGAGGCCUCGACCCGCACCACACCGCACACCACACCCGCCCGCCCCAACAACAGAGACGGACCCGGCCAUGGUCUACGGCGGAGAGGAGGCGCUGAGGCGGCAGUACUCCAUCGGCGACGAGAUCGGGCACGGCCGGUUCGGGACCGUCCGCCGCUGCCACUCCAACGCCACGGGGGAGGCGCUGGCGUUGAAGACCACGCCCAAGGCGCCGCUGCGUGACCCUCUCGACCUGGCCCUCGCGGAGCAGGAGCCCAAGCUGCACCUCCUCGCCUCCUCCCCGCCCUGCAGCCCGCACCUGGUCGCCCUCCACGCCGCCUUCGACGACGCCGACGCCGUCCACCUCGUCGUCGACCUCUGCGCCGGCGGGGACCUCCUCUCCCUCAUCUCCGCCCGCGGCGGCCGCCUCCCCGAGCGCGAGGCGGCGGGGCUCGCCGCGCAGAUCGCCUCCGCGCUCGCCGCGUGCCACCGCCGCGGGGUCGCCCACCGGGACGUCAAGCCCGACAACCUCCUCUUCGACGCCGCCACCGGCGCGCUCAAGCUCGCCGACUUCGGCUCCGCGGAGUGGUUCGGGGACGGGCGCCGCAUGUCCGGGAUCGUCGGCACGCCCUACUACGUCGCCCCCGAGGUGGUCGCCGGGCGGGAGUACGGCGAGAAGGUGGACGUGUGGAGCGCCGGGGUGGUGCUCUACAUGAUGCUGUCGGGGUCCGUGCCCUUCUACGGCGCCGCCGCCCCGGAGAUCUUCGAGGCCGUGCUCCGCGGCAACGUGCGCUUCCCGCCGCGCGCCUUCGCCGGCGUCUCCCCCGAGGCCAAGGACCUGAUGCGCCGCAUGCUCUGCAAGGACGUCUCCCGCAGGUUCUCCGCCGAACAAGUCCUGAGGCAUCCGUGGAUCGCGAGCUGCGGAGGGGAUGCGGUUGCGGGCUGAAGAAAUCGAUGGACCAACAUGCGGGGCGCGCUCCAUCCAUCUCUAGAUAGAAGACCUUCUCCACGGAGGACGACGGCUCGGUUUCUGCGGCUCUGCUCUGUUUCUCCGGCAAAUCGGCGAUGGACAGAAGCAGCGGUGGUGCCGGAGUUGAGUUGAGUUCAGUAAGUAGAACUAGUGCUAGUUCCUUCGUGAUCAUUUAGGUCUAGAGGUCUCUGGUGAAGCUGGAAUUGCAGAAGCUUUCACCUGAGUUAGCCUGAAUGUGUGUUUGUUCGUCGUGUUUGUUCUCUGAAUCGCUGCAGCAGUCCUUGUACAUACAGUCUUGAUCAGUUCUAGCUGAAGAGGAAGAGAGGGUUUAGUAGUACUUAGUGGAACUUAGUACGCAGGCUUUGUUCAGAAGAAUGAAAAUGAAGCAAAAAUAUGUGCAUGUUUUGUACAAAA